GUUGAAAGUCCCCAAGUCAGUUUUUGACAGAUGUCAAAUUAUUAUUAUUAUUAAUGAAAAAUAGCAAUUACAGGCCUGUUCAGCGCUUUAGAAAUGUCCGGGGCCAAGCCGUGGGAGCGACCAUGGUCCAUGGACGAAAUAAUCCAAAAUUCGGACAAUUGGAAUUUAGCCGGAGAUGUGGCCCUUUUGAACACUCUCAAGGCUUUUGCAGACAAUCUCCUGACUCGAACAACCGAAAUCAACAAUAACUUGCAAAAUUUGACAAGCUCCCUGUCUGAGACAAGUCUCCAGUUGAAUAUAGCCCAAAACGAGUUUCAAAGUUUGCGAAACAGCCAGUUUAUUGAAAGUCGGGUUUAUGAGGACGAUGAGACUUUGGAGGAGCCGGUUGAGGCGAAAGCCGAGGAGAAAGAGGUUGAUAAGACUGAGGAAAUCAGGUUGGCGGCUUUGAAGGGUUUGGAGGUCUUGGAGACGUAUUUUGAGAAGGUUGAGGUGUCGGUCAGUGACAGUGAAGACGACGAUAUCGACUUGCCCAAUUUUGUCCUCAGACCCAAAGACUUGUACCUGGAGCGCCCCCUUCCGUACGUAAUCGGCUCAGAAGAGUGGCAAAAGACGUGGCACGUGGGCCUGGAGGACUCGUCCAGCGAUAGCGAAACUGAGAAAGUCUCAGAUAAUUUCAGUGAAAGCGACUCAGAAUCAGAGUUGCCAAUUAUUCCCGACAGAACACAGAUCAAGGGCACCUCUGAUACCAGUUCUGAGGACUUGCGAACUGAACCGAAAAAUUUCGUCAAUUCGAGUGAUAGUGAAAACUCAGUUCCGGUGCAACCAACUACCAACUUUGCCGAAGAGUUGGCGGCGAAAUUGGGGAACGUGAUUGAUCAAGAGUACGUCAAUCGACGGCCAAUCCAGAAAACGCCACAAUACGAUAACCUAUUUUUCGAUGAACCGCCGCCUUUGGACGAACCUAAGGGGUUGUUUUCAGGGGGUAAGGGCUUGUUUGAUGACGAUGAUGAAGCCACGCCCCCAACCCCCAAACCCGAAUUGAGACAACCCCCAAAACAGGACUUGUUCGAUAGCGAUGAUGAUGAUAUUUUUACGAAAAAAACCACCUCUUAUUUACAAAAUCCUGUCAAAAUGCCCUUGUUUAGCGACGAGCCGCCGGCCCUAGACGACAAGAAGGUGGCUAAACCAGUGGGCGGGGUUUCAAUUUUUGGGGGCGGCGACUUGUUCGAUAAAAAAUUAUUAAGGCGGCAGCCAAGCUCCGACGAGGAGGAAAACGAAAAAUCGUCACCCAAGGGGCGGGGCGUCAAUUUGUUUGAGGAGGAGCCAAGUGAUGAGCCUCUAGUUCCCGACGACCAUAAGUUUGUUAAACCAGUGGGCGGAGUUUCAAUUUUCGGCGGUGGCAACUUGUUCGAUAAAAAAUUGUUGAGGCGACAGCCAAGCUCCAGUGACGAUGAGCAAAACGAAAAAUCACCACAAAAAGGGCGGAGCGUCAAUUUAUUUGAGGAGGAGCCAAGUGUCAAACCGAAAAAAGUGACAUUGUUUGAUGACGACGAUGACUUAUUUAAAGACGAUCUUUUCUCGUCAAAUGCGACAAGAAAGUUCACUUCUGGUCUUUUCGAUGACGAUUUAUUUGCACCAACAAAACCAGAAACGAAAAAUUCCACCGAUUUAUUCGCCGAUUUAAUGGCAAUUCCAGACGAUAAAAAUUCCAUUAAUGUCGAUAGGCGUGAAACGCAAAAAGAGGCGGAGUCUCCAAAACCUAAACCACGCCUUUCGCUAUUUGAACCUGAUGAUUUGUUCGCGUCAACGUCGGCUAAAGCACUUUUUGAUCCUAGCCCACCCCCUGACCACGAAACAACCAAUCAGGGUGAAGGCCCGCCCCCUGACCACGAAACAACCAAUCAGGGUGAAGGCCCGCCCCCUGACCACGAAACCCCCAAUCAGGUUCAAGAGGAGGAAAGCGUGGAGAAACCGCCCCCGCUUGACGCAAACAAGACUAACAAACCAGGAAAACUCAAACACAAUUUGAAUAUCAACGUUGGGGCCUUAAGGCCGGGCUCAUUUCCGCCAAAACAGACAGAUGGCGCAGCGAACGCCACUGAAGCGCCACCACGUGACCAUCACACGUCAUUUGAUGAGGCUGACAACGUUACAGUGUUACCAAGUGUCACUAAAGAUAGGGCCAGACGACCCCUAAAUAGGCGCCCGUCAACACGAAAAGGUCGAAAAGAAGCCUUAAAAAAAUUUGAGCAAGCAAAUAGCACGUCACGUGACCCCAUACUUGAGGUCAAGUCGGACAAAAAUGACUCAAAUUCGGCUCAAAAUCGGCUUGAAGAGCCCCCUGAUGAUUUAUUCGAAACUGGGUCACAAAAAACCGGUAUUUUUGAUGAGUCACGUGACACUUUCGCGGUUAAAACCCAACCGAAUUUGGCUUUGUUUGACGAACCUCCCGACGAUGAUUUUUUCGAAAAAAAUGACACCAAAGAAAAUCCUGGUCUUUUUGAUGAGACAAGCGACGAUCUAUUUGAUAUAAAGCGUAACUCACCCGAAAAAGACUUAAAUCGAAGUCUUGGCUUGUUUGAGGAGCCCCCCGACGACUUAUUUGAGUCACGUGACGACAUUUUUAAGGUCAAAAGUGAGACUAAACCAUCACGUGAUGACAUUUUUGAGGUUAAAAGUGAGAGUAAACGGACACGUGACGACAUUUUUGGGUUCAAAAGUGAGACUACAUCGUCACGUGAAAUUUUUGAGGACAAAAGUGAUACUAAACUGUCACGUGACGACAUUUUUGAGGUUAAAAGUGAGACUAAACCGUCACGUGACGACAUUUUUGAGGUCAAGAGUGAAACUAAACAGUCACGUGAUAUUUUUGAAGCUAAAAGUGAGACAUCGUCACAUGAUAUUUUUGAGGAACCUCCAGAUUUAUUUGAGUCUACGACCGAAAAGGGUGUUAAAAGUGAACCCAAAGCGGACUUAGGAUUGUUUGAUGAAGUUUCAGACGAUGAUUUGUUCGGUACUAAAGUCGAAAGUGAGGUUAAGCCUGUUGAGUCACGUGACAUUCCAAAAAUACAGUCAAGUCAAGUCAAAAGCGACAUUUUCGGUGAUGAAGACGACGAUGAUGAUUUAUUUAACGUGAAAAAAAUGCCAAUUCAAUCAAAUAAAGCUAAAAAGUCGCUAUUUGACGACGAGGAUGAUGAUGAUAUUUUCAAAAGUUUUUCUAGUGCGAGUGUUAAAAAACCGGAGACUAAAGUUGCGACGGAGAAAAAAGUUCCUAAAGUGAGUACCAUAAAAAAAUUAGAGAAUACGAAGCCAGACGAUGACCCCUUAUCAGCACUUUUACAAUAAUGGGUUCAUCUCAAACAUUUAUUUUUUGUAAUGAAAUCACACAUGAAGGUCAUAAUCACGCUAAAAAUUGACUAAAAAGUGAAUAAACCGUAAAUAAUACUUGUAUACAAAUCGGAAUGGUUCAACCACAGCCUUCCUUGACUAAUGAAGCAAGUCGGGAAACUCCCUCCAUUAACCAAGGAAGCUGCGGGUUCAACAAAAAAAUAACCUCCAAUAAAAACAACAACAAACUAAAGUGAUAACCCUGA